AGGUCUGUCACUCUCUAGUCUCUACAGUCCCCUACACAAUUACAGAGUCCCAUUACACACACUCACGCACUUCCUACAACUGAAAACACCACAACCCACACACAUUCUCUCACGUCCUGCAAACUUCAGUGUCUUAGGAGAGCGACAACUACAUCAGUAGUAUCCUCUGUAGGGAAAACAAGGAAAAGGGCUGACAUUAUUUUUGAGAUAUGGGAGCAGCCCAGAAGAGAUCUUGGAGAAUCAGCGAAGAGUAAAGGCAAAGGCGGCUAGAAUUUAAGGCCACUGACCAGUGACCAGCUGACCCCUUUAUUUUUCUUGGGUAGUUGGGUGAGUUUUCAAUAUUAGACGACAAUAAUACUAGGAAAUGUCAUCAAUGUCAUGAAUUCUUGAUUGUACUAAUACUAUGGUCAAGAAGAAAAAGGCAAAUGCAAGGGGACUUGAGAACUGAAAUCUCUCUUGUUCAGCUGCUGGAGGUCAUGAGCUCAAGAGUCGAGGUGCUGAGCUGUGGUGUGGAGGGAAAGUCUGAAAGACAGAGCAUCGAGUGAAGAUAAAGAUAAUUUCUUGGUGGUUGUUUUCCCUUUGUUUUGGAUUUUUUUGUGCUUUUCUUCUGAAAGCUUGUGUCCUUGUUUUCUUGUGAUUGUAUAAGGGUGAAAAAAGAGAACAAAGUUUGGUGCUUUUUGUUUUUUGGUUGUCCAGUUUUAGCAGUGCAUUUUCUCAGAGCCCAGAAAAAAAAUUCUUUCGCAGAGUCUUGUUCCUUUCAGUUUGUGGUAUUGAGUGUUUGAUUUUAACUGUUCCUUUAAAAGCAGAACAGUAUAGUUGGAGGGGUUUUCUGUGUGAGGAGUUUUCCGUAUAAGCGGUUCUCUGAGUGUGUUUUGCGCAGAGAAAAAUGAAGUUUAUGAAAUUGGGUUCUAAGCCUGACGCAUUUCAAGCUGAAGGGAACAGUAUCAGGUAUGUUUCAUCUGAGUUGGCAACAGAUGUUAUCGUUACAGUAGGCGAAAUUAAAUUUUAUCUUCACAAGUUCCCUCUCUUGUCCAAGAGCAAUCAUCUGCAAAAACUUGUAUCUAGAGGCAAUGAGGAGAAUGUUGAUGAAAUUCAAUUGAUUAAUUUUCCUGGUGGACCAAAAGCAUUUGAAAUAUGUGCUAAAUUCUGCUACGGAAUGACAGUCACUCUUAACCCUUACAAUGUUGUAGCAGCUCGCUGUGCAGCUGAAUACCUUGAGAUGACUGAGGAUGUGGAUCGUGGAAACCUUAUUUUCAAAAUUGAGGUGUUCCUCAACACCAGUGUCUUCCGUGGCUGGAAAGACUCGAUUAUAGUUUUGCAGACCACAAAAUCUCUUCUACCAUGGUCUGAAGAUCUAAAGAUAGUGGGUAGAUGUAUAGAUUCUAUUGCAUCUAAAACCUCAGUGGAUCCUUCAAAUAUAACCUGGAGCUAUACCUACAACCGAAAGUUAGCAGCCACAGAAAAAAAAUUUGAUGAUGGUUUAAAAAUUCCAGGAAAAUUGGAGUCUGUGCCCAAGGAUUGGUGGAUCGAAGAUUUAUGUGAACUUGAGAUUGACCUCUACAAGCGAGUUAUGAUUGCAGUAAAGUCGAAGGGAAGAAUGCAGGGUAAGAUAAUAGGAGAGGCAUUAAAGACUUACGCUGUCAGAUGGCUUCCUGAUUCAAUUGAUGCUUUGGUAUCUGAAGUUCAUAACAGAAGGAACAAAUCUUUGGUUGAAACAAUUAUAUGCUUAUUGCCUUUUGACAAAAGUACUGGUUGUUCCUGCAGUUUCUUGCUUAAAUUAUUAAAAGUUGCUAUUCUAGUUGGAGCAGAUGAUGCAUUAAGAGAAGACCUAAUAGAGAGCAUCAGCUUAAAGUUGGAUGAGGCUUCUUCUAUUGACCUGUUGGUCCCUGCAAGAUCUCCCCAAUCCACAACUUAUGACAUUGAACUUGUCAAGCGUCUGGUUAACCUUUUCGUGUCCCAUGAAAUGAAUAACCAGGAUUUGAAUGCCAUUCAGAAAAGUGAGAAGGGAAUCACUGGCUUAGUUUUGGCCCGAGGAACCUGGUUAAAUGUUGGUAGACUUGUUGACAGCUAUCUGGCUGAAAUAGCUUGUGAUCCAAACCUUACACUUUCUAGUUUCACUGAAUUGUCUCGGUUGGUUCCAGAGUCAGCACGACCAAUACAUGAUGGACUAUAUAAAGCCAUUGACAUCUAUCUUAAGGAGCAUCCGACCUUAACAAAAGCUGAUAGGAAGAAUCUAUGCAGCCUAAUGGAUGCCAAGAAAUUGACUACAGAUGCAUCUAUGCAUGCUGCACAAAAUGACAGGCUGCCACUUCGCGUUGUGGUUCAAGUUCUAUACUUUGAGCAAGUUAGAACAACUGCUGGCGUUCAGACCAUGGACAACAGCACCCAUGAUGCAUUAGCUUCCACAAGAAACGCAGAUGAAGAAUGGCAGAGGAUGGGAUCCGAAAAUGGCAAGUCAUUGGCAAGACAACUGAGUCAAAUGAAGGUGAAAGAUGAAGAUCUGCCAAAACCUGGAAAGUUGGCCAAAAAGGGGAGUAAAAAUAGAGGUAGUGGUGCACAGUUGCUACCAUCUCGCUCUAGGAGGAUAUUUGAUAAAUUGUGGGUUGUCGGUAAAGGAAAUGGAAAUGCCGAGAACCGGAGCUCUGAGACCUCAGCUAGUUCCCAGAGCCCGAGGUCGAUUAUUCAAGGGGAGAUCAAGUCUUCUGGUUCAUCUUCAAGACAAAGGAGGCAUUCCAUUUCAUGAACUUAUCAACAAGGUACGCUCGCCAGAAAUGAAGGGAACUCAACUUCUGAAAUGUAAAAAAUUACUAGGAUUUUAUUGUAGUGGAUGUUGGAUUUAUUUUGCACAGGGAAUAGAGGUGUUUUUCCUGCAGGAAUGUGUAAUCAGCUUCCACAUCUUGAUUUCUUCUCUUGUUUCUGCUGUUUAUUCUAUUAAGAUUUCUUUUUCUAUGAUAAUUGUAAUCUAACUAGUCUAUAGUGGGAGUAUCAUUUGAACAA